AUGGCAUUCUUUGCAGAGCUGACAUCCAAUGGAGCUGGGAGACUGCGUUGUUCUUUCACCUUAAUGGAUGAUGAUGACGUACUCUACAAAAACUUGUGGGAAAGCAAUUGCCACCUCAGACAUGAUCAGCAUUCCAUGGAAAUCUGCUUCGAUUUCCAAUGUGACACUGGGCAACUGCCUUACCCAGUCUCACCUGAACAUGGUGCACCAAGCGCCGGCUUAAAGGGUCCCCGGCUGGAGCAGCUUCACCUUCUGCCUCAGAACAAACCCAGCGAUUGUUUCGUUUUCCGGCUGCUUUUCUACCAAGCAGGGGCUGUGUUGUGGCACUGUGCAUGCCUUUUGUACCGCAGCUCUACAAUUCCGUCCAAAAUACGUACAUUCUGUCUAAAAACUCUUCACUGCCGUUAUGAUGAUGUGGGUGGUAGCCCCGCUUUGAUUGAGAAUUUGAAGGUUUUUUUCAAAACCCUUAUUAAAACUUUCAGAAAUCACAGUUCCUCAGUCAUUUCAUGUGUAUUACAUACUUUUCCAGAUCUAUAUCUGACUACACAUGGUGGGCACACCCUGUUUUUGCUAUCAGUUACUUCACUGCUGGUUUACUGUAUUUUGUCAAUAAAUACAUCUGGCUUGAUACUUGUUCAGCGUAUUUUCUGUGAGAAUAACGUCUGUUCUAUUUUCCAUUUUCUCUUACCAAAAGAUGAUGAAGAUGAGGAGGAAGAGGAUGAAGAAGAAGAAAUAGAUGUUGUGACAGUGGAGAAAAGACGCUCCUCCUCCAACAAGGCUGUUACCACCCUUACUAUUACAGUGCGUCCUAAGAAUACCACUUUUCCAUCAGUCAGGACACAGCAGAAUGAACUGAUUUUAAAGCGUUGCGCACCAAUUCACCAGCAGCAUAAUUAUGCCGCUCCUUCUCCAUAUGUGGAGAGUGAAGAUGCUCCACCACAGAAAAAGUUAAAAACCGAGGUGCCCCGUCCAGUAAAACCUACGAUCCAACCAAAGUCAAAGAGUUCAAGUCCUCGAAACUCUGAUUCAGAGGAUAGUGAACGUCGACGCAACCAUAAUAUACUGGAGCGUCAACGGCGUAAUGAUCUGCGGUCAAGUUUCCUCACAUUAAGGGACCAUGUUCCAGAACUGGUUAAAAAUGAGAAAGCUGCAAAAGUUGUGAUUUUGAAAAAAGCCACUGAAUAUGUUCAUUCCCUUCAGGCUGAGGAGCAAAAGUUAUUGCUAGAAAAGGAAAAAUUGCAAGCCAGGCAACAACAAUUGCUAAAGAAAAUAGAAUACAAGCGGACUUGCUAAACUUUUUUUGUUCUUUUUUUUUUGUUUUUUUUUUGGCUGACCAGGACAGUCAUUGCCACUUUGCACAUUUUUGAUUCUUUAAAAAAAAAAUUGUGUUUUUUGACGUUAAGAAUGUUGGUUUUACUUUCAAUCCAGUCCCUGAAGUAAUCGACAAACUAUAUUAUCCGGGUACGGAGCAAAUGGAUGUUCUUGCAAGGAGCUGAUUGCAAGACUACCAAACAACAAUGGACUGCCUUUGUUUUUCUUAAGAACUGUAGAUGGUGGGGAUUUUUUUUUUUUCAAUUGUUGUGAGCAUUUGGAGCUGCUGAUGACAUCUAGUUGAGUUUUAAAACGUUCAUUCCUAAGUUUUAUGGUGCUUAUGUUCUAACAGAUGUUACUUUAGGGGUUGGCAUUUUGUACCCCUGUGGGAAUUUUCUGUAAAUACCAUCUACACACUUGCCUUUUGUACAUGUCUUGGGUUAUGAGAGGUGGCUUUUGCUACCAGUAUUAGACUGGAAGUUCAUACCUAAGUACUGUAAUACCUCAAUGUUUGAGGAGCAUGUUUUUGUAUACAAAUAUAUUGUUAAUCUCUGUUAUGUACUGUACUAAUUCUUACAUUGCCUGUAUACUUUAGUAUGAUGCUGAUACAUAACUAAAUUUGAUACUUAUAUUUUCGUAUGAAAAUGAGUUGUGAAAGUUUUGAGUAGAUAUUACUUUAUCACUUUUUUGAACUAAGAAACUUUUGUAAAGAAAUUUACUAUAUAUGCCUUUUCCUAGCCUGUUUCUUCCAGUUAAUGUAUUUGUUCAUGUUUGGUGCAUAGAACUGGGUAACUGCAAAGUUCUGUGUUUUAAUUUCUUCCAACGAUGUACAUUUAGUGCUGCGUCUUAUAGCACUUUGAAAUACCUCAUGUUUAUGAAAAUAAAUAGCAAUUACAUAAUGUG